AUGAAUAAGCUCGCAAACAUGCGUCACUGGUCCGAGAGGAUGGGCCCCAACUUUGGCAUGAGUCGACCGAACAUGCCCAUGAAUCCACCUCGACGAGAUCCCAUGCCCCCCCAGGCUGCCUCGAUACCCAUGCCUCAGCCUCUCGACCUUCCGGCCAACACCAUCGUCCACUACGCUUUCAACGUUCCCUUUUCUUCUGAUAUCGCGGGCCCCAAUACGGAAGACAUCCUUCACGCAACUAAGGAUGCCGUGCUACGAUGGACGCACUCGGUUGAUGCCCCGGAUGAUGUUCCGGUUUUCGAGCUACCUGCUCACGCCCAAAACUUGGCCCUCCUUCGCAAGACCUGCAAAGACAUCACCGAUGGGCCUUUCAACAUUGAAGCGCACGUCAUCUCUACCUCCCCGAAGAAUGCAAAGGGCAACCAGGUCACCACCGUCUGUCUUUCGGGUACUCAGGAAAUGGUUCAAAAGACAAGGGAAAUGAUUUUGAACGAUCAUCAAACCUUUCUGCGAUGCACCACGGUAGACGUAGAUGGCAACCUCAUCUGUGACCUCUCUAGCAAAGCCCCUGCUCUUAACCCCCAGGUCACGAACACUCUUGACGGCAUUUCCGAGUACUGUGGUGUCGAUAUAUUCUUACUCGGCCCUAGCCUUACACCUGUUGUGGAUGGCGUGACUGGCGACUCAGAACUGCGUAGGGACCAACGUUGGAGGGUCGCCAUCUAUGGUGAUAUCCUCUCUGUGGAACAUGCAAAGACCCGUGUUCUCAUUCACAUUGACACACUCCUGGGUCGACUUGUUGAUGCGGUCAAGCUCGACAUGUCUCUCCAUCAGGUCAUCUGUGGACGUCAGCGGAAGAACAUUAAGCUCAUCGAGUCGUCGACCGGCACCGCCAUCUACUUCCCCUCUCCAUUCUCUCAGAUGUACCGCUACUGUCCGCCGAAUGCCAAGCGCCGAGACCCCAAUGAUAUCCUCAUCACGGGCGACACACCCCAGGCCAUCGAGCUGGCUAAGCAGAAGAUUCACGACACGGUUACUCGUAUUCGGCUAUACAUUAAGGACGUUAACAUUCCUGCGGCCAAAGUCGAUAGCAUUAUUCUUAAUCGUCUAGACAAAGUGCGCAAAAUCCUUGAGGCGAAUGGAACCUUUGUUCUGUUCCCUACUCUUGCAGCGGGGAAGAGCAUGGUUCGAGUGCAGGGCAAUGAGGGCUUGCAUGUUGAGCGUACUGUUCGCGAAAUCAUGUCUCUUGCUGGCCAAUUCUACAGUGCGUCGUGGUUUCUCCUGCCACCCGAGGGUCAUCAGAUGGCUCGCCAGCUUCCCAGCCCCGACGACAUUCGGACACUGCUGGGCGACGUGUGCGCCAAUUCGGACGCCGACGUGUCCUUCGACAACAAUUUCCUCCUCUCGGGUUCGGACGAUUCAGUCAAGACUGCGCUGAUGGUCAUGUCGGACAUUCCCUUUCUCGUACAGGGUAACCACCAGAUCCGCGUCAAAAUCGAGCUUGCCAAUGAACAUCGCGAGUUCGUCAGCGGGAAAAAGAACGGGAAAAUCAACAAGAUCAUGAGCCAGAGCAACGUGACUAUCAUCUUCGACGGCUUCAACGACUACAACUUCAACAUUGACGUCGGGGCGGCUAACUACGACGCCAUGAAGCAGGGGCUUGCUUUGGUGGAGCAAGAGAUGCCUGCUUCCAUCUCGUUCCACGUGCCGGACCAGUAUCACAAGCGCAUCAUCGGCAUCGGCGGUCAACAUAUUCAGAGCAUCAUGAAGAAGCACUCUGUGUUUGUGAAGUUUUCCAACGCUAUGGACCGCGGCGGGUUAGGACGGGAUGACGACGACAUCAAGGUCGACAACGUGAUCUGUCGGACGCCGGCGCGGAAUGCGCAAAACCUGGACGCAGUGAAGAACGAGAUUCUCGAGAUGGUUGACCGAGCUGAUUCAGAAUACACCACCCAAGUUGUCCACGUCGACCGGCUGUACCACCGCCAGCUACUGGCGAGGCUCAACGAGAUUGAUCAAUUGGAAAACAAGUACAAUUGCAAGAUUGUGUUUCCGAGCACUGAGCAGGCGAGCGACGAGGUGACCAUCAACGGCCCUCAGUGGCAGGUCCCUCACUGCAUGGACGAGUUGCUAGGAAUGGUGACCGACAAGCACGAAUUGGUUCUGGCUCGGAGCACCGACCUGGUCAACUUCCUCCAGUCGCCUGCCUUUGUACGUGAUUUGGUGUCGAAACUAAAGAGCCAGUACGAGGUGGAAGUUUCGGUUCACCAAGACCACAAGGAGCAGGGCGAAGACGGCUCGCCGCCUCCCGUCUCGCUGCUUUUCUCUUUCACUCGCAACAACGCAGGGGGGCUGCGGGAUGCCGUUGACUUUCUGCUAUCUCGGAUGACGACGGCAGGCCUCGAGGUCACGAUCAUCAAGGGCUCGAUUCCGCGGCCCAAGUCGGAUUCGUUCGAGGAAUCCCUGCAGUACUUCGACUCGAAACUCCUCCAACACGCGCCGACGCCGAUUGCGACGGAUUCGCCGGUCAAGGCAGCGUUCGAGGGUGAGGUCGCGCGAGAGCGCAGCACCAUCUUCGACAAGCUGCGGAAGCCCGGAAGCAUGUCGUCUAUCUCGUCGUUCCUCGAUCGGCGCAAGAACAGCUCCAACUCGGCGAACGGCAACUUCUUCAAGGGGUCGAGCAACGUGUCCAAGUCGUCGCUUAUCUCGAUCGAGUCGUCUCGCAGUUUCAACGCCGACCGCAACCCCUGGAACGAUAGCGGCGUGAACCUUACGGAGGAGGACCACCCGUGGGCUCCCCGGCCCAUGGGGAACGGUGGUGGCGGCGGCGACAGCAAGCUCGGCCCUCACUACCACCAUUAUCACCACCCCAACGCGGGUGACAUGACCCCCCGCCACAGCGCCCGAACAUCGGGCGACAGCGGACGCCCUUCUACGUCUCAUUCUACGAAUUCUGGAUACCCCGGCCCCCUUGGGCCUUUUCGUUAG